CUCAGUUGCUCUCGAACGGUGUUCCUAGAUAACCGUGUUUUUCGGCCCGGGUCCGAAUCGCCACACCAACGAACGUGUCGGGUUUGAUUGGACGAAUUUUUCUUUCGGGUGUUGACGAGGUCGCGUUGUUUUUUCUCUGCUCCGGUUUAUUUUUCUUACCGCCGCUUUUGUCAUCAAUCGAACGGACACAGCCGAAAGUAAAUCUUUCCGCUACCGCAAGUGGGGGUCAAUCGGAAAUUUUGAACGCUACGUUCCGAACGGAUUCGCGGUCAUCGAAGUGGAAAUCGAUCCGGCCUCCUACGGAAGGCACAAGUUUGCGUAUGUGCGAAUUCGGGAGUGGUGGAUGAAAUAUUUUCGGUGUUUGCUCUAGUUUUUUUUGUGUUUUCCAUGUGCUGAAAUUGCUCCGCGUUCUGUUACGGGUGGAAAAGCAGGCUCUGAGUUCAUUUUCAUUUGAUGGCGAGUGAGUUUUGUGUUUUUUUUUGUUCGUUUGUUUGGCAAAUGCCAGCUAGAAAUAAGAAAAACCGUGAAUAAUAAUGCGGUCGUUUGGCGGUGAAAUGGUGGGGCGUUUUUGCGUACCAAAUCGUUUACGUAAAGUUCAACAAUAAUGAAUGCUGCGUGUAAAUAGUGGGUAGCGCUUGCGGAAGAAAAAAAAUGAACAAAAAUAGUUCGUCUGUCUGGUGAUCGGUCAAUAGUUCUAUGUUAGUAGUGUAAUUCGCCCCCUCCCCCAGUAGAUGAUAACGAGUUAUGGAGUUAGUGAUACCUUAAAAUACUUAAGUCUAUUACGAAAUACUCAGUUCAGAAAAGGAACCUCGUCUUAUGUGCUUGUGGUGAUGAUCUAAGCAGGAAAUUAAAUGAUGAUUUUUAUCCGGCAGUAACCCAAUUGCCAACGAUGUACGUUGUGUGAAACUUUUGUGCCCAAAUCGACAAACCGACAGGUCUUGACGGAAGCAAAUAUUCUCUGUGACAGUUCGAACAACCAGACCCGGCAAAGACCUAGUGAAGUGCUAGCAGGAUUAUGACCAAGUGAUAACCGUGGUUUCCGGAGCGAAUCAACCACACUCCCGAGUGGGUUGGCCGGUUAGUUGACCCUCGACGACACAAACCUGCAGCUUCCGUACCGUCGGUGACGUAGAUCCUGGGUACCUGAGGGAAAUCUGCGGCACUGCCAAACUCCGGUCAAAGACAGCAGUUACCCCAGUCGAAACAGCAGAGCAAGAAAAAACAUAAGCCAGGUAGCAGAACAAAGCACCGCCAACCGUCGAAAUAGGAAGCUUCCAGAGGAAACAUAAAUUAGAAAAACGAUAAAUUUUCCGCUUUCGCCGCAGUCAACGAUGGACGGGACUGGACUGGAGCGUUGAAGUUCCACUACCAUUCUGGCGAAGAAAAACGAUCUCUUUCUACUGGGUCCGCCGGUGGGUCCGCGGAAAUGUUCUUCAGUGCCUGUGUGCUGGGAACAAGCGAAAAAAAAUACCAUUAAAAAGUUGAUAGUGUAGUGAAGCAACAGCAGGGCUAAACGGAAAAAAAACAAGCCCCGGUCCUAUCGUUCGAUACUGCUUACCUAAAUAAAUAUUUGCCAACCGAUCGACGGGAAAUUCUUUGUUUGAAUCAGCGUCGGCCGUAGUCCCGGUCCACCGAACAGUGAGCAACGGAGGACGAAAAAGUUUUCCAGGUGGGUGUGUAAGAGUGUAUGUGUUAAAGGUGCUUCAAGUUGAAGAAGAAUUGCCCUGUUCCUUGGGGGAAAGAAACCAAGUGAAAAGUGUUUUUAUUUCUUUCCGGCGACAGAAGAAAAAAAAAAAUUCGGGACUGGCUCGGUGCUGUUGGCGGCUUUUGUGACAGAAGCCUUCAUUGUGACCCAUUUCAAGAAUCAAUUUGUUUGAUUUGAAUAAGUGCAGGACGAAAAUUAGGGUCAAGUAAAUUGGCCCGUCUGGAUGGCGACAAGCGGGGCUAUUAGGACGAAAUAAAAGCGCACCCCUGGAACGAAGUGAGAUUGUCGAACGAAUUUCAACGACGGUUAGUGCACGUCAUACUAAUAGAUGCGAGAUGUUGGCGCUUCGUCGAAGCCGAAGAAAUAAAAAUGUUCCGUUGGGAACGGGUAUAGCGUGAUGCCUUUCACGCAGCCCUCCUGGGUUCGAUUGCCAACCCCGUACAAAGGGUUAGAUAGUUUUUCUGGCCCGAAGAGGUGAAUGACCUUAGGAUUAAAGCCUCUAUGAUUGAAACAAAAAAAAUGUUCCGUCAUUGUGGGCAGAGAUGGCAUUUCACCAGAGAGAUACACGCUAGAGUCAGAUUUCUGCCACACCGAGGAUGAAAAAAACGAAGCACCGCACAAAGAGGAAAGCGCACUUCUUCUCAGUGUCGAAUAGACAGCAUUUGAGUGUGUGCUUGUGGUUAAAGCAGCUGGCGCAAGUGAAACACAUUCUCUUCGCAUGAAUCGCUCACACGUGCUCUCGUCUAAAUACACCCAAGUGACCACUGGCGCGUGAAGGUAAUUAUCCAGCUUUUCCCUGGCGGUUUUCGAAUGCGGAUGGCAGUCUGGCAAAGCUGAAAGCUAAUACAUUCGCAUGUACCGGCUGAGCUCCUGCUGUUGUUCCUACCUCAGACCCAGAUGCCUACCCACUUCCGCUCGAUUUAUGGCAAAGUAAAACCAGAACAUUAGCUUGAAUUCAAUUCCCCCGGAUAAUCACAAAUCACGGCAACACGCUCAACGGUGCGCACCGCAUGUGAGUGAGGCGACGACGCGGAAGAAUUAUGCGAUUGAAUCGAUCCAAUUAAAAACAGUCAUCGUUUCGAUUGUUAACCUUUCAUCAGUGACUUGGGAAAAGCUUGUCAUUAUCACAAUUCCGUCCGUCGGCUCAGGAGCAGCAGAAGCAGCAGCUCCGGAUCGUCGUUGCCGUUGUCAACGUCGCCGUCGGAUUCGGGAACAUUGCCUACAGAGAUCACGACGACCGGCUUUACAGCUUCCGCCUUCAUCUCCUCCACCAGCGCCGCUCAAGACCACCACCGGACGACGGGGUGGGCGCUGGGUGGGGGCCAUGCGUCGCCGGAAGCCUAUCGAAGGCUUUCUUCUGUGUGGACUCUUCUUCUGGACGCUACUGGUGCAUCUGAUCUCGACAUGUUUAGCUAUCCAGCUGGAGGAACGGAUGGAGAUCGUGCGGAAAGUGCUGAAGGAAGUGCCUUUGAUCGAUGGUCACAACGACCUACCGUGGAACAUACGGAAAUUUCUGAAGAACCAACUGCGGGAGUUUCGCUUCGGCGAGGAUAUUCGCGAUAUUACACCUUGGUCAACCAGCGCCUGGAGCCACACCGAUUUGCGUCGACUGAAGGAGGGCAUGGUAUCGGCACAGUUCUGGUCAGCAUAUGCGCCCUGCUCCUCGCAGCACCUAGACGCCGUGCAAUUAACGUUAGAACAGAUAGACUUAAUACGCAGAUUAGUAAAUCUUUACCCACAGCACAUGGCUCUGGUGACGACAGCCGACGGCAUCGCGGAGAGCCAUCGAUCCGGCAAACUGGCCAGUCUAAUCGGCAUCGAGGGUGGCCACUCGAUCGGCACCAGUCUGGGUGUGCUGCGGACAUUCUACCAGCUGGGGGCCCGGUAUCUGACCCUCACGCACACCUGCAACACCCCCUGGGCCGACUGCUGCAAAGUUGAUGAACCGGGACGAGUUCCCCACAUCGGGGGCCUGUCGCACUUCGGGACGCUGGUGGUCACUGAGAUGAACCGUCUCGGAAUGAUCGUGGACCUGUCCCACGUGUCAGUGCCAACGAUGCUGGACGCUUUGGCCACCUCCAAGGCGCCCGUCAUUUUCUCCCACUCGUCGGCACACGCCAUCUGCAACAGCUCGCGGAACGUGCCGGAUCACGUGCUGAAGCGACUGUCGGCCAACGGUGGUCUGGUGAUGGUUGCUUUCUACCCACAUUUCGUUAGUUGUGGCGAGAAGGCAACCCUCAAGGAUGUUGUCGCGCACAUUAAUCACAUCCGGGAUGUUGCCGGAGUGGACCACGUCGGCAUCGGCGCCGGAUAUGAUGGCGUGAAUCUAGUGCCCCAGGGACUGGAGGACGUCUCGCGGUAUCCGUACUUGUUCGCCGAGCUGCUCGUGUCGGAAAAGUGGACCGAGGAGGAUAUCGCCAAGCUAGCGGGGAAGAAUUUAAUUAGAGUUUUCAAACAAGUCGAACAGGUACGGGACCAGCUGGAAGCACAGGGCAUGCUACCAAUCGAUCAAUCGAUCCCACCGGAAGACAUUCUCGGGAGAUCCUACUGUCGCUAUUCGGGUCCACGGACGUGACGCAAACGGAGCCUUCCCGUCGGCUAGCAGUUCCCCCAAAACCAAUCAAGGGCCCACCACGAGAACGGUGUAAGAUAAACGAAACAACAAAUCAACAAAACGAACAAACAAAACCAAAACAAACCGAACUAGCACACUUUGUACACAGACUUACUAGUAGGAUAAACAUUCACACACAAGAUAAAAAAAGAACAAAACGAACAAAAUACAUACCAAUUCGAUGUAUCUCACGGCACGGAGCAACCGACCGUAAGAAGUGAAAAAUCAAGCCAACAAUCAAACCAAUAGUUGUUUCACUAAAACGAAACCAGAACGAGAAAAAUUUAAUCGGCAAAAAGUGUUUGCAUAUCAUAAGCUAACUUCAUUGGAUACCAGCCCGACUGGGACAAUUUGAAUAUAAAACCAAAACCGAAAAAAAUAUUAUAAACAACUAGAAAGGGCAAAAAACAAAACUCACGGUGCACAACCAAACUGUCCCAAAAGAAAGUAAGAAGUAAAAACAAGAACGGCAACCAACACACAUUUUCGUAUAUUUUUCUAAGCAGAGUAUGGCCAGUAUAUCAUCAGUCGACAGAUUCACCCAGGGUUAGACAACAAAUUGGACGAAACGAAGUUAUCUCACUAGAGUUUUGAAGAAAGAGCAGAUCAUACCAAACGUUGCGGAACGAAAGAAAAAAUUCUAAAUGAGAAAUUUUAGGCUAAAAUUAUGUAUGAAAACACAAACAAUGAAAUUUAAUCAAACAAUAACUGUGUAGAGAUUAAUGACAUGUUGAAAACUAAUAAAGAAAAAAAACAAAUUCUGAUGAAGAACCCCU